AUGGCAAACCAGAGCGUGCUCAUGGGCGGCAACCCGACAAAGUACGACCCAACCAAUCCAAUCGUCAUCUUCCUAGUGCAGGCAACCAUCGUCAUUGUCUUUUGCCGCAUCCUCCAUCUGCCCCUCUCAAAGAUCAGGCAGCCGCGCGUCAUUGCAGAGGUCAUUGGCGGCAUCCUCCUCGGCCCUACAGCAUUCGGUCGCAUCCCUGGCUUCUCACGCAGCAUCUUCCCACCAGCAAGUCUUCCAAACUUCAAUCUAGUCGCAAAUGUCGGUCUCAUUCUCUUCUUGUUCAUCGUUGGUCUCGAAGUGGAUAUGCGCCUCGUGGUCAAGAAUGCGCGGGUCGCAUUGAGUGUCGGUAUCGCGUCGCUAGUCCUACCUUUUGCUACAGGUGCCUUUGUUGCGUGGAUCUUACAUCGUCAAUAUGCAGACACGCUCGAGAAGGACGACUUUGGUGUCUUCUUGCUCUUUAUCGGUACAGCAUUCAGCAUCACCGCCUUCCCCGUCCUCGCGCGCAUCCUAACGGAACUCAAAUUGCUUCGUGUCAAUGUCGGUGUGACUGUGUUGGCUGCAGGGGUUGGCAACGAUGUGACUGGAUGGAUGCUGCUUGCACUCACCAUCGCACUCGUCAAUGCUUCGAGCGGACUCAUUGCGCUGUACGUCAUCUUGCUCGUCAUUGCUUGGGUUCUCAUCCUUUUCUUUCUCGUGAAGCCUGCCUAUGCAUGGCUUCUCAGACGCUCUAGCUCCGACUCUGGUCCAACCGAUACCAUGAUGACGCUCACAAUCCUGCUCGUUCUUGCUUCUGCAUUCUACACGGAGAUCAUCGGCGUACACCCCAUCUUCGGCGCAUUCCUCGUCGGUAUGAUCAUCCCUCACGACAAUGGCUACGCUGUCAACAUGACAGAAAAGAUUGAAGAUCUGGUCAGUGUCUUGUUCUUGCCACUCUACUUUGCUUCAUCGGGUCUCAAGACUGAUAUUGGUCUGUUGAAUGACGGCAAAGCAUGGGGCUACACGAUUCUCAUCAUCAUCAUGGCCACAGCGUCGAAAGUGGUCGGUUCCAUGCUGGCUGCUCGGCUAAACGGCUUCUUGUGGCGCGAGUCGCUUGUUGUUGGUGUCCUCAUGUCCUGCAAAGGUCUCGUUGAGCUGAUUGUCCUCAAUGUCGGUCUCAACUCUGGCAUCCUCUCACAAAAGGUCUUCACUAUGUUUGUCAUCAUGGCGCUUGUGACAACAUUCUUGACGACUCCUUUGACACUCUGGAUCUAUCCGACCGCAUAUCAGCAUAGAGUAGCGCGAUGGCGCGACGGUGAGACGGACUGGGAGGGCAACGAGCUCUCUACGCCGACAGCUGGAGAAGCGGAUUCCAGAAGCACUGGCAUUGGCACGGUACUGCUUGUCGUCAAUCGCAUCGAGGGUGUUGCUCCACUCUUGCAAUUCACGCACUUCUUUUCCGCUAAAGUAACACGACUGCACCUCGUCCGCAUUCUGGAAAUCACUGAUCGCCUUUCACAAAUCAUCAAGGUUUCAGAAUCGGAUGAUCUCAUCAAUUCAGAUUCCCUCAUCAGCAUCUUCAAGACGACUGCUCGGCUCGUCGGCAUGCGUCUUUCCUAUGCGUUGCAGAUUGUUGCAUUAAGUGACUUUUCGCCAGUCUUGGCCAAGGAAGCUAUCGAGCAUAAGGCAGACCUCGUUGUUGCGCCCUGGAUUCAAGAUUGUGAAGAAUCGUCUGGCAAUGAUUAUAUUGUGGCCUUGCUCGAAACGCAUACCACCAAUAUGGCCAUCUUGAUUGAGGAUACCCUUCCGCACGAACCUGAGCAUGCCAUGCGUGCUCGUACAACCAGUAUGGGUAGCUUGCGUAGUAUGAUGCGCGCAUCUGCUCGACCCACGAGUCGUCGAACAGCAACAGCCAUUCACGAGAAACCCAUUGAAGCUGAACGCACACACGUCUACUUCCCGCUCUUCCAAUUCGGCAAGGAUGAAGUCUUGGCCAUGCACUUGCUUACGUCGCUCGUUCAAUCAGAUCGCGUCACUGCACACGUCGUCUUUUUCAAG